UUCUGUACAUUGUGAAAGCAUGGGCUCCACGCAUUAAUUUAUUUUUAGCAGCAAAACAGCAAUGGCGAUGUUUCGCGGCGUCCGAGCACGUCCCCGCGCGUUAAAAGCGCCGCGCGCGCGUGUCGCGGGGGGUCGGCGGCGCGGUGAGCGCGCGCGACGUCGUCGAGAGAUCCGUCGGAAUUGUUUCAGCGCAAAACUUUCGAUAUUGUGAUGAUGGGCUGCGCGCAUGCGCACUGGAGUCAUCCUGGCCAAUUUCUCAGCACUCGUGGGAGAAUUUGGUGAGUGAAGCCUGUGUGCUUGGCUACUCCACGCUGUUCCUCAGAUGUGAUGGAGUCGUCGGGCCCGAGCACAGAGUUUGAUGUGUACGGGGCGAUGGACUGGAAGGACUGAGUGGGAACACUGCCCGGCAGCCAGCUCAAGUUCCGGGUGAAUGAGUUCGGGGUCCUGGAGGUCAUAACGGACGAGAUGGAGGAGGAGAGGGGCAAGAGAGCUCACGCCAUCACCACAUGGAGCGUCCCCACCGCACACCAGGCUCAAUCUAAGGAGGAGACGUCGUGGGCCCAGCGCGGCCUGGUGUGUGUGCGCUGUAACAGGAAGGGCUCGGCGGUGGACUUCCUGUCUGACGGGCUUCACUGCAGCGAGCGCUGUCUGCAGCAGGAGCAGCAAGAAGAGCUGAAGAGAGAAGGCUCCAGAACAAACGGAGAGACGCUGGGGAGGAAGAGAUCCCGUCUGACCGAGAGACUCACUGAAGACAUGGACAGCUCGAUGGAGAUCGCCGAGGAGGACGAUGAAGACUACGAAGAGAAAGAAAGCAGGCGACCGGCACGUGGGGCGACGAGAGGCCGCAGGAAACGCAAGGGAGACGCAGCGCUGCUCAGAUACACGGUUCCGUACGGAGGCAAGAAGAAGGCGUGGUGUUGGGCCUCGUACCUGGAGCAGGAGAGAGCCGUCGCUGCACCCAGUAAACUCUUCAAAGAGUAUCAGUCACUUCCGCAGUGUAAGAAUGGUUUUAGGGUUGGGAUGAGACUGGAGGGUAUCGACCCCGAUCACCCGUCCAUGUACUGUGUCCUCGCCGUCGCUGAGGUGCUAGGACAUCGAAUCAGACUGCAUUUUGAUAAGUAUUCGGACUGCUAUGACUUCUGGGUAAAUUCCAGCUCUCCUGACAUUCACCCAGUGGGAUGGUGUGAGAAAACCGGACACAAGUUGCAUCCACCGAAAGGGAUGAAAGAUGAAGAGUUUAGCUGGUCCUCUUACAUCAAACUAAAUAAAAUCCAGACGGCACCCAAAGCCCUGUUUCAGAACCAGAACAUGACGGUGACGCCGUCGGGGUUCAGGGUGGGUAUGAAGCUGGAGGCCAUCGAUAAGAAGAAUCCCUCGUUCAUCUGUGUGGCCACGAUCACAGACAUGGUGGACAGCAGAUUCCUGGUGCACUUUGACAGCUGGGACGAGACUUAUGACUACUGGUGUGAUGCAACGAGUCCUUACAUCCAUCCUGUCGGCUGGUGUCAGGAGAACGGCAGGACCCUCACCACCCCUCCAGGAUACUCUGAUGUGAAGAACUUCUCCUGGGAGAAAUACUUGGCAGAGACCAGCUCAUUACCAGCUCCUGCUCGAGCCUUCAAAGUGAAACCUCCUCACAGUUUCCAGCUCAGUAUGAAGUUGGAGGUGGUCGACAAGAGGAAUCCUGCUCUGAUCCGAGUGGCCACAGUGGUGGAUACAGAUGACCAUCGACUGCGGAUCCAUUUUGAUGGCUGGACAGAUGAAUAUGAUUACUGGAUCGACGCAGACAGCCCAGAUAUUCAUCCUGCCGGGUGGUGCGCCAAAACCGGACACCCCCUGCAGCCGCCCAUCACUGCUCAGGACAUGUGUGAGACGUCUGAGCAGAGCGGCUGUCCUACAGCAGGCUGUAAAGGAGUGGGUCACAUUAAAGGAGCGCGCUACUCUGGACACCACAGUGCUGUGGGUUGCCCGUAUUCUGACAUCAACCUGAACAAGGACUCGGUUCUGCCGGAUCGCUUGAGCGGAGAGAUGCCGGGAAGCGGCGUGGGUCGGCCACGCAGAGCAGAACCCAACACAGAGAUCUCAGCUGAAGCUAAUGACAAACCCAUCACCUGUGCCCCAUCACAGCCGGAUAAACCCAGCACGCCGCUGAAGAAGCCCAUCGCCACAGAGACCAAGCGAAGGGUUGGUCGGCCCUGUAAAGUCCGGAAGGUGGAGGAGCUGCCUCAGGAAGAGGAAGUGGAGAGCGAGGUGUCGUCAGUCACUGAAACCAAAGAGCUGACUCUACAGCAGGCUUUGCACCAGUCUGUGUUCAUGCCGUGUUCCAGCCCAUCUCCCAGCAUGCCUCACUGCUGGGAUCAGCACAGCAAGCUGCUUCCAACAGUGGCAGGCAUCACGGCCAGUAAAGUGGCAGUGUGGAGCGUGGAUGAGGUGAUCGAGUUUAUCCAAGGACUUCCAGGCUGCAAGGAGCAAGUGCGCACCUUCAGAGAGGAGCAAAUUGAUGGCGAGGCCUUCCUGUUGUUGACUCAGGUGGACCUGGUGAAGAUCCUCAGCAUUAAACUAGGGCCGGCUCUAAAAAUAUAUAACUCUAUUCUAAUGUUUAAAACAACAGAGAACUCUGCCUGCAACGAACUCUGACCAGACGGCCAAGAGAGUUCAGAACUGCUUCAGUCAAAGGGCUCGUCAUGGAGAUUCAUACAGUACACACCACACUAUUAUAUCAUCAACACAAUCUAGUUUAGUUCCCAAAUCUAAUGAUCUUUCAUUGUAAUGUUGUCUGUUAGAAUGUAUAUUUACUGAGGGGUUAGCGGAGAACUAGCUAAAUUCAGGUGCUAAUUGAAUUCAGCUACAUGCACUGAAGAGCCGCACAAUGUCUACUUAUGACUCAUUGUUUCUUUUAAAACUCAUAUUGAUAUUACUCCUUUACUUCAUAGCUGUAGAUAAUUUUAGUGUUUGGAAAGAGUUCAGGAUGGAGGACUUGUAGAAGGGGGUUGAAUAUCAGAGCAUUAGAUGAACACAUGGAUCCUCUUUGAUUAUUCUUGUUUCCAGUGUGCUGUGAUGUCAUAUUAAUGCAUCAUGCCACAUUUCUUCAUUACGGUUAGGGUCAUUGAAUGUCCUUAUUUUCUUUCUUUCUUUGUUUUGAUACAAUGGAUGUAGGAAUGGAGAAUUGAGGGUAAAGCUACACUCAAGGCACAAUAAUAAUAGUGAGAGCCAUAUUUGGUUAUUUUGUACUAGAAUGUAAUAAUACUCAGAAUGCCUUCAUGUGCACAGUGUACGAAGAAAAAAAAGUGCAAUACGUAUUGAAACAUAUUAAUUUUAUUUCAAUUGGUGAUGUAUGCAGCAUUAAAAUACAUGAAAUUUCACAUCUAUUUAUUGAAGUUUAAUACUUUGAUUAUAUAAAUAAAAAUGUGCUUAUAUGUCAUUGUGGAUAUGUAUGUUAACAAAGCGAAACAGUUUGUGUUGCUGUUUUUACUCGCUUUUUAAAAUGAGUAAACAUGGUGCUCAGCUGUAUAAUUUCCCAUAUUCAGAACUCAUUUAUCAUGUAAGUUUUCUUUUCAUGCCAUGAAAGUGUAUAAUGAACAGGUAGAUUGGGGCUUUCACAUUUAAAUAUAAAAUGUGUAAAUAAGCAGUGGUUUAGUGUCAAAGUGCAGCACUGUUGAAUGGACUACUAAAAGUCAAUGUUAUUCAUUUGAAAAUAAACUUGGGUCUUUUCAACACGA